ACACGGCCCGGCAGCUGCAAGUAUUGGCUGACGUAGCGUAUCACGCUGUGGAGUCACUUACCCAAGAUUUUCUGACGUCGGCUCCUUGUUUUUCUCAACAACUUGUGGGAAUUUUUUGACCAGUGUGAGCUGAACAUCCGUCGCCUAAAGAGUUCAGUUUCUUCAUAAGUGUAGGACUCCAUGUGAAGUUCAAACUUCUCAACAGAUGUAAGACCUAAGUGAACUGAGGUUGAGAUUAUCAAAGACAACUCAACAGCAAUGUCCGUUAAAAGGAAGCGCAGCAGUUUGAAUGAGACAGAGGCCAGUGAGGGCGAACUACCGGCUAAGAUGCCAUGCACGAGUUGCUUGAAGCCUGCUAUCAUUGGAGGAACUCAGGAGUCUAUCAAAGAGAAAGAAAGAUGGAACUUCUACCCAGUAACCUAUGAACAAGCUCAGAAUGGUCCUCAUGACUCUAGACCUAUCAGAGUUUAUGCAGAUGGCAUCUUUGACCUUUUCCAUGCUGGACAUGCCAGAGCACUCAUGCAAGCCAAAAACUGUCUCCCCAAUGUUUAUCUCAUAGUUGGAGUCUGCAGUGAUGAGCUGACAAGGAGAUUAAAAGGCAACACAGUCCUUAGUGAAUGGGAACGUUAUGAAGCAGUCAGACACUGUCGCUAUGUUGAUGAGGUUAUAUGUGAUGCGCCCUGGGUAGUCACACCAGAGUACAUUGAAGAACACAAGAUCGACUUUGUUGCACACGACGACAUUCCAUACAACACUCCAGGUAUGCAGAUGAAUGAUGUCUACAAGGACAUCAAGGCUGCUGGAAAGUUUGUAGCUACCAAACGCACAGAGGGCAUCUCCACAUCAGACAUCAUCGCUAGACUAGUCCGUGACUACGACAUGUAUGUUAGGAGGAAUCUGUCAAGGGGUUACACCGCUAAGGAGAUGAAUGUUAGCUUUAUAAAGGAAACCAGCCUGAACUUUCAAGACCGAGUGGACAAGGUGAAGAAGAAGGUUAACAGGGUGGAGACAAAGUCCAAGGAGUUUGUGCAGAAGGUGGAAGACAAAGGACGCGAGCUGAUCCAGCGCUGGGAAGAGAAGUCACGGGAGAUGAUCGGCAACUUCCUGGACUUGUUUGGAUCGGACGGCACAUUGAAAAGGAUGUUUGUGGAUGGAACUGAUCGUCUCAGGAAUGCCAUCUCACCCCCAGCCAGCCCCACAUGUAGCUCUUCACCCCCACCACUAGAGCACGAUGACAGUGACUCAGACGAAGCCUAAGAUGAGCAGGUAUGGGAGAGGCCAUCUGAUUGGUGAUUGCUUGAGGAUUUAUGGCUUUAAUUGGUUAUUGCCAAUAUCUAUUUAUAAUGCAAGUGACAUUUCCAUUAAUAGUGGCUCUCUGUGAAGUUAAUAAUGCUGCUGUUGAGAUUUUUAGUUCCUUGUCAUGAAUGAUCAGAAACUGAAGCAACAGGGUUUGGGAUUGGGUCAACAUGUGCUUCAAAAACUCUGGUUGGUGAUCAGAAGUCUAUUUAUUCAUAUAGGAAGUUUGAAGAUGGUGCAACCUGUUUAAGUGUUUAUUAAGGUAUAGUGGCACGUAAUUAAGCACAAUGUGACGCAGUAGGAACAGCUGGAAUUAAGAAAAUGCCAUUAUAUGUUUUUGAAGUGCAAAGGUUUCAUGAAAAAUUCCAAUCAGUGGCAGAUAUCGACCCUCACAACUCAGAAUUUACAGUAAUAUGUGAAAGUCUUCAAAUCUCUUAAGUUUUCUCAUGUAAGGAGAUUUGAAGCGUCAACAAAUUUAAUAGUUUGACGUGUCCUGGGUAUUUUGUGAAGAUUGCAUUGAGUUUAUUUUAAUCAACUACUGAUGAUCCACUUUCCUAUAUGAAGAGAUUUUCCAAAAGUCAGUGUUUGUUUAUAUAGGGAAGUUAUUUGAUCUUAGUAUUAUCAAGUUUAUGCAUUGCCCAUUGAGGGCAUUUGGGUGCCUUAGCACUGACAAAGAUUGGAUUACCCCAUGGCAAUUAGUAUACAUGUACAUGUUCUGAUGUUUAUAUUAGACCAGUGCAUCAAAGUGUUCAAUGCUUAAUAUUAAGUACCGGUGUGAUUUUAGAAACAUUUUAGGCAUUGUAUAAAAGUCCCGUAGAAAGAAAGGUGAAAUUUGCUUUGCUGUGGCUUGAAGCCACAUACAUACAUAUUAAAUUGUUUGUACCACUAUGCUUGACAGAUUUGUAGUAGUGGACAUCAUAAAUGAGGAUUAACCCUAUAAUGGAAUUUAGGGGAGAUUGUUUGACUACCAUUUAGAUAAUGGACUUACCCUUCAGCAGAAUGAAUAUUUAGAAUAUAAUUCAGAAUAUAUCUAUAUAUAUCAUAUCACAAUGUAAGUGUUCUUCCAAAGGAUCGAAUAUCCAGGUCAUAAUUUAUUUGUGGCUCAAUUUAUGUUAAAGAACUUUCUUUCAAAGACUUGAAAAGUUAAUUUUUGACAGUGACGUAGACUGGAAUAGAUACCAAAUGAUUGCAAAUGAAGAAUAAUGACGAGACUUGGUAAGGCCUGUAAGAUGUGUGCACUGUGUGCACUGUAAAAUAGUCUCUGUAAGGGUUCCACCUUUACUCAUGAUUUACAAACUAGUUUUGGUUAGACUUCUCUGAGCACUAGGCAUUUGUCAAUGUAUGUUACAUGUUAAUUUUUGUUGAAGGGCUCAUCCCUUGCAUUUGGGUUUUGAUUUUGUUUUGAUUUUUGAAGAAAUAUUGUUUGGAAAGCUGUAUGUCUUGCAUUUGUAAUAGUGUCAUUUGAUGAGCUAAUUACAGAUAUCACAAUGCCUUCAGGUAGUGUUGAACUGUGUUGUUCCAGUUAGAGUUUUAUGUCCUGGAUUGAUUUAAAUAUCAGAUGUUCCAUUUGAAUGUUACAGGUGACAAUUUGAAACUAAAUUCAGACAAGAUAGGUGUACCUUGGUUUUUCUGGCUUAUUCUGAAUGGUUGAGCUGUUUGAUAACAUAUAAA